AUGUAUUUCUGUGAAGAUCACUUUGACUUACCAAAUGAUAUGGAAAAUUUUAUGGAGUAUAAGAUCAUGGGAUCAGUGUCGCAGGUCCGUAUGAAACCAGGAUGUGUCCCCACAAAAUUUGAAUGCCAACCAGACAGAAGGAAGCGAACAUCUUCUACUAUAGAUCGGCCAUAUAUUCUUAAGAAACAAAGGAAAAUGUUAGUUGAAGAAUGUGAAAAAGAUUUUGAAGAGAGCAGUAAUACCAGAAAAGAUAUGGAACUCGGGGAGACUUCAUCUGGACAUUCAGUUUUCCAUGUAAACAUAGAGAAUAUUAGUGAAGAAGAAGUAACUAAAUCUGCAAAUAAAUCAAUCCAAGUGAAUAUGAUGAAGAAGUUUAGAAGCAAAGCAAUCCAAACAGACACUAAACUAGUAAACCAGAUGACAUCACCCAUGAAACCUAGUGUACAAUCAGUAUCCACAUCACCAUUUAAAGUCAAAACUUGCAUUUCCACUAAGCCAUGGACAUCCAGCUUAUAUAAACCAUCAAGAAGAAGACCAAUC